AUGACUAUUGACCUGGGUCCCUUAACUCAACAUCUGACUAAGACAUCUGAUGACAGACAAACUCAAGUUUUUGAUGCCUAUAACUUUAUGUGCAACUAUCCAAAAGAAUUCAGAGGUACAAUGCUGUUGGACUUUGACACGCACUUCUGCUCAAUCGACACUGGCUUCAUUUGCUUUGUCUUCACCACAUGUGCAAUCCUCUGUUUCAUGGUGGUGUCCUUCACCUACCAUUUCAUGAGGUUGCAGCUGGUCUAUGCCUAUUACCUGUUUGUGGCUUGGCUCUUUGACAAAAAGCACAAAAACAAGGAAACUCCUCAUCAGUAUGAUGCUUUCAUCUCCUAUAACACCCAUGAGCCUUGGGUCAUUGAAGAGCUGUUACCCAAACUGGAAGGGGAACAGGGCUGGAGACUGUGCCUACACCAUCGAGACUUUGAACCAGAGAACCCCAUCAUAGAUAACAUCACAGAUGCCAUUUAUGGAAGUAGGAAGACCAUUUGUGUAAUCAGUCAUAAAUACCUUGAGAGUGAAUGGUGCUCUAGAGAGAUCCAGGCUGCCAGUUUCCGUCUGUUCGAUGAGCAGAAGGAUGUGCUCAUUCUGGUGUUCCUGGAAGAGAUUCCCAGCUAUCUGCUCUCUCCCUACCACCGCAUGAGGAACAUGCUGAAAAAGAAAACCUACCUCAGUUGGCCACGAGCAGCAGGACACACCGAGCUGUUCUGGGAGAAACUCCGGCAGGCUCUGGAGACCAGAGAAAAUCCAGAAGCGGAGUCGAUACUUGUCACUGUGUCAACUACAUCAUGA